AUGUCAGAAAUUAUAGACCGAAAAAAGCAAAGUAGUCCAGAACCUCAUGCUAAUAGUAGUACACAUCGUUCUGCAAUCCGUUCACAAACUUUAAGAAGUCGUCCCAUUUUGCGAAGCUCCGAAAUUCAAAAUUCUGCAAUUGUUGAAGCUGAAGCAUAUCGUCCUUGUGGUGCUGUUACCUCCGAUAAUUCUUCUACAAAUAUUCGAUUACCUUUAGCUGUAAAACCUUUUCGUCAAUAUCAAUUGAAAUCGGAAAAUUCGUAUACUUCUGAAGAAUUCAAAUGUAACAAUGCUAAUACUGGAACUUCAUCAUCAUUACCACGAAUGUCAAAAACCGUACUACCAUCAUCCAGAACUCUAUGCAAAACUUUCUCAGGUGAUUUCAAUCAAAAUUCACAAAAUAUCUCUUCGAAUGAUAUUAUUAAGUCAAAAUGUAAAUCUGAAAUUUCGAUGAAGAAAUUUUUGCAUGGAAUUAAUUUGAAUUCACCUACCAAUACGACAAAAUGUAUAGCACGACCUAUUCAUUAUGAUAAUGAGCUGAAUUGCCGCUCUUGCGAUAUCAUAUCACCAUUGCAAAAAACUAUUGCAAUUCAUCGAACUACAGAAUUAGCGAAAAACUUCUUGCCUUCAGCAAACAUAUCAAAUGUACCAUUAGCAUCAAAUAAUUCGAGAAAUUCAAUGGUUGAUAUCAAAUGGGAGGUACCGAAAUGUAAUAUUAAGAAAGAAUCGAAGUAUUCUGCUACCAAAAAUCCAACAAAAUCAGCACUGAAAGUAAUUAGGCCAAGACGUUUAACGGUAGCAUGCUCUACGAUGAAUGAUAAUGAUUGGCCUAUUACCGCUAAAAAUAUAACACCUGAAAAGAAUGGAAUCAAUCGAAAAAAUAUCAUUGAUAGUGAUUCAUUGAAGCAUAAAACCACAAGAGAAUCAUCGAAAAAACCAUGGUUUAGCUCAUCGGUAGAUGGACCACCGAUUGCAUCACAAAUUCGUGAAACUGCAAUCGAUGAUGAUUUACCGUGCAAACGAUUGAUUUCUUCUUCACGUUUUUACGCAACUAAUGGAUCGUUAUCAGUUCCAGUUCAGAAACCUACCGUUGUAAAAUCUGCCAAUUCACAAAUCUUUCGAAUGGCCACAACUCCACCACCAAAACCAACCAGAACAUAUGAGGAAUUACUUGUUGAUUUCCUGCAAGAGGAAAAAUCUGAACGUUGUUCAAAAUCAAAUAUUAAAUCUGUAUGGAAAAUUUGUCCAACUAUGGGUAGUGGUAGCUCGAGAAUGGUUAGCCCGAAGGAUUGUCAUAAUAGCCGUGAUCAUAGCAGUGAUUCCGGAUUUGGAGCUGAUUUUCGAAAAAGUUCAAGCGAUACGCUAGAAAGUAGUCCGGAUGUUCAAACAUCAGGCAAAUGGCUUCAGGCCCUUGAUUUACCGUGUGAUUCAUACUGUCUUAGUGAUGAGGAUUUGAUGUUAUCAGAGAAUUCUCGUAUAAGAAGGCGGAACAGUUUGGUGAUACGAACUCAAACGGGUCUUCGAGUUAAAACAAUAAUUGAUAAAUUGCUUAAUUCGAAUGGGCAUGAUCAACGAAGAGCUCUUUUCUCAUUGAAGCAAAUUUUUCAAGAUGAUAAAGAUUUGGUACAUGAAUUCGUACAGAACGGUGGCUUAGAAUGUAUGAUUAAGCUUGGAAGACAAGCUGAUCAAAAUCAUCAAAAUUACAUCCUUAGAGCAUUAGGCCAAGUGAUGUUAUAUGUGGACGGUAUGAACGGUAUCAUUGCUCAUAUUGAAACGAUCCAAUGGCUUUACGAAUUGCUUGAUUCACCGAAUAUUAACCCAUCGUUAUGCUCUGAAAUGAAUUUAUUUCGGGCUGAUUGGGUAAGAUUGGAUCGACCGGAUUGGUUCGCUUUGAUGAGGGUACUUAAUGAAAAGGAUGCAAGUGAUGUUGAAAUGCUCACGUACGGUAUGACUGUUAUCAAUAAAACAUUGAAUGGUGUCUCUGAUCAGGAUACGUAUUAUGAUCUCGUCGAUUCUCUUGAAUCGCAAGGCUUAGAAGAUGCAAUGCGACAUAUGCUAAAACUCGGUCAUAAAGAUCUCAAAGAUCAAUGUAAAUUAUACGAAAAAGUGCUUAAGCAAGAAGAUGAAGCAGAAAGCAGUGAUGAAAGUAUUGUUAAAAUGAGGAUGCAAACAGUACCACCGGUCGCUGUUGAUCGUAGAACGGCGAUACGUCGCCGACAUCAGGAAUCAUUGGCUCGGCAACAAGAACAUUAUAAUUUUCAUAAAAUCAAUUCUAUAAAUAAUAAUAUUGAAAAAUUUGAAUUACCUAUGAAAAAUGCUGGCAAUAAAAUUAUCAAUGAUACCAAUGGUAUCCCAAAUGAUACGAUUAAUGAUACCCCAAAAGUCAUACCACCUUGGAGAAGGAAAGUUUCUGAAGUGAAAACGGAACCGAAAAAUAAUAAUACAAAUAUUUCGAUAAAUACGAUGAACGCACAAUCACCAAUAAAACAAUCUUCUAUCUCACCAAUAAAUUCAGUUGAAAAAAAAUUGGAGAAUAAUGAAAAUGUGGAAGUUGAAGAGAAACCGGUACGUGCACCUCCGCCAUCAUUUCCUUCUACGCUUUUCUCUCCAACUGAAAAUAAAACAAUAGAAUUUCCGGAACCGAUUAGGAAGGCACCGGAACCAGUUAUCGAAGAUGAAGAUGAUAGUGCAGCUGGUGGUAAUGCAUUUGCUGCACAGUUACGUCGUCAUGCGCUUAAACGCGAACAAAAUGCAGCAUUAUUUGAAUCAAAACAGGAUGAAGCAGAAAUACAAUGGAAAAAGGCUGCUGAAAGUUUUAAAUCGAAACCGUUAAUUAUUAAUGAUUUGGAUUUUUCGGAAUUUCAUAAGGAUGAAUUUGAACAAGAUCCAUUAGUAAUGGCUCGAUUAGCAACCAUUGCUCAAGAAAAGGGUUUACUUCCAGGUGUUAGCGGUAAUGGUAUUGCAUCAGCAUCUGAAAGAGGUCCACCACCAGCACCUCCAUUAUUGCCUGGUGCACCGGGUGCACCUCCACCGCCACCUUUUCUGGCUCCAAAUUGUGGCCCGAAUCAAGCAGGUCGUGAUCCAAGUCCAGUAUCACCGAUAUCGAAAACUGGAACAUUAAAGUUACAUUGGAAACCUGCUCAAGCCGAAUUGCCACCCGUUCCAUCGUUGAGGAAUAAGGGAACAUUUUGGCAUAAACUUGAUUUACCACAAAUUGAUGCCAAAAAGUUGGUUCAAUUAUUUGAGCAAAAAACUAAAGAAAUUCCUGCUGUCAAGCGACUCAAUGGUGAACAUCGGACGCAAAUUCUUCAAGUGCUACCGUUAAAGCGAUCACAAGCUAUCAAUAUCGGAUUAACAAAGCUACCGCCAAUAAGCGUUAUUCCAACUGCUAUAAUGAAAUUCGAUUCAUUGGUAUUGAAUAAAGAGGGUAUUGAAAAAAUUCUCACUACAAUGAUGCCAAAUCCAGCGGAAAUUGAGCAAAUCGAAUUGAAAAUGGCGGAACAUCCGGAUAUGCCGUUAGGUCAAGCGGAACAGUUUCUUCUCAAGCUUUCGCAAAUACCAUGCUUGCUAGAAAGACUUAGGCUUUGGGUAUUCACGUUGGACUACAAAAAUUGUGAAAAGGUGCGUAGUUUGGUUCUUUUUUUCUUUCAAAAUUUUCGAAAAUUUUAG